GGAACGGAAAGUGACUUUUUUGCUGGAUACCGUGCUUGUCCUUGUUUGGAAGGAUUUUAUCGAACCCAUCUAUUUUCUGGAUGUCGCAAAUGUGAAAAAUCUGGCGGACUGGUUUGCCAGGAUGAAUAUGCCUCAUUAAAACCUGGAUAUUGGUGGGAGUGGCGUAAUGAGUCAUACAAACUUCGCUACCAGGAUUUCAUAAAGAAUCUUUUGGCUUCCUCUCCAGAGUUAGAUGAUUCUUCCCUACAGUACCCGCAUGCGAUACCAGCACCAUACAGGUGCCCAGUAAAAGAGUCUUGCAAAGGUGGCCUGGACUCCCCCUGCGAAGAUGGAUACGAGGGUCCGCUUUGUGCAGUUUGUUCUUUAGGGUACUACAAGCAACUGGAGUCUUGCGCGAAAUGUCCCUCAAAGACGUGGAUUGUGGCACAGUUUUCGAUCAUCUUUGUCAUUAUAAUUCUACUUGUUGCAUUUUUGAUGUGGAAGAGGAAAGCAACGUUAUCAAAGGACCGAGGCCAGUAUCUGAUAGACAUGUUUUUAUCCAAGCUUAAGAUAAUAAUCGGUUUUUACCAGGUCACGCACGGCUUACUGACAGUAUUCUCGUACAUCGAAUGGCCAGAGUCACUGCAUGUUGUUUCCACUUAUUCCGGAAUACUUCAAAUGAAUCUGCUUCAGAUCGCACCCAUUCACUGUUUAUCAUCAGGGCUACGCGUGAACGUCUUUGGAGAACUGCUCCUGAUAUUAACUGUGAAUGUCACUGCCAUUGGUGUAACAGGUUUUGGUUAUAUUGUGUUUAAGACAAUAAUUGUGAAAAAUCACAACCUCAACGACAAAGAAAAGUCGACCAAAAUCUCGGAAACGAAACGCCUGUUUUGUAAGAAUUUGUUUUUCUUCCUGUAUGUGACAUAUCUGGGUACUUUUUCCAAGACAGUCAGCGUUUUGCCACUAGCUUGCCGAAAAGUCUGCCGGGACGACGAGGAAGAGUUGUGUAACAUGUACGCCAAAGCAGAUUACAGCUUAAGAUGCCAAGGAGCCACAUAUGACUAUUGGCUUAUCUUGGCAUACAUUUCAACCGCGUACGUAGUUGCCUUGCCCGUUGCCUCGUUAACUGUACUUUGGAGGCAGAAGAGAGUGAUAGUAUCUAAAAUAGACAAUGAUGGUGGCUUUGGCAUGGAAACAAUUGAAGGGUUGAGGUUCCUCUUCGAAAACUACAAGUCUGAAGCAUGGUAUUGGGAACUGGUUGAAAUGUCACGUAAAGUCGUUCUUACUUCUGGUGUCAUUCUUGUCGGACAGGAGAGCAGAUCCUACAUUGGCCUCACUUGGGUUGUUGCAGGCAUGUUUGGAGUGCUUUUCUGCUGGGUGAAACCGAUCAAAGACGCUUCUGAGAACUUGUUGAUGUCGGCUUCCCUCGCUGUUACAGUUGUAAACCUGGGCAUUGGCGCUGUAAGCAGAAUCCCAGCAGAGAAUGUAUCAAACAUAGUGGAUAAACACAAAGACGUAAUAGCAAUGAAAAUACUUAUACUUGGUGCAAAUACUCUGGUGAUUGGCCUAAUUAUUGGUGAGUGAUGCUGAAAGGUAAACUGUUGUUAUAUCAACUAAACAUACGGAACCCCAAAACAGUCGAGUGACAUUCUGUUCCGUUGCUUGCUUUUAGGAGAGGGGAUAACUUUUUAAUCAGCACGACUUCAAAUUUCAAGGAUAAAACAUUGAUAAUUUUAUUGCCUUUUAUUUCUAGGAUAUCAAGUGAACAGCAGUUAAACACUUAAAAAUUAGAAUAGGAGAUAAACAUUAUUAAUUUUUCUAACUCUUUACUUUAGCACAAGAUAAUUAGGAAAAGAUGCAAACAAAGGCGCGGAACGCUGCCAAACAGCCCCCGUGGAAAAGCCUCUGCGCUGAUAACAAACUGUUUUAAAGUACAUCGUAGUCCAAUACACAAUCAUUUUGAAUGACGCAAGUUGAUUUUAUCACUAUUUCAGUGCAAUACUUGACGUUUUUGUACGGGUACUACAAAGAGUGGCGCCAAAACCCGCAGUGGUCUGUUUCUUGUUGUCUGGCUCUGCUUCUCCCUCUUGAUGAUUUGCAAGGAGAAGUUCAUGGUAUGAUUGGUGAUAACUUGAUGAAAACCCAGAUUGACACAGGAAGGACGGAGAAGCCGUCGUUUGCUGCCACUGUUAAAGACAGCGGAGCUCUAAGUUUCACUCUUUGCUGUGAAGAUGUCGAAGGAAACGAUGAUGAAAUCAGGAUGGAAUAUAAUGAGCCAAACGUUGAAGUUGUUGACUACACCAUCAACAGAUGUCAUCGCUGGACACAAACGAAAGUCUUUGUCUUACCGUUUGUCUCAAACGCGGAACUUGGGUCUUUGGAAGAUAAGCAACAGCGAUAUAAGUGA